GAAGGCGGGUACAUAACUUUCUGGUAUGCAGAGAUUUCUUGCGUCAUGGGUCAGAAAACGACAAAACAAGACUGGUCUUUCUCAUCCCAUACCUCUGCCCUAUCAGGACUCUGCCCUUUUCUACACGGAGAGCUGCAGGAGGGAAUGGCUGCUCUGUCUCCGCCUGCCAGAUGCCAGGAAUCAGUGACGUUCGAGGAUGUGGCCGUGAUUUUCACAGACGAAGAGUGGAAACAUCUGGUCCCUAUUCAGAGGGACCUCUACAAGGAGGUGAUGCUGGAGAACUAUAAGAGCAUUGUCUCAUUGGGACUUCCAGUUCCUCAACCUGAUGUGAUUUUUCAGUUGAAGAGAGGGGAUGAGCCUUGGAUAGUUGAUCUUCGUGGAGCUGAGGAGAGAGAAUGUCCAGAGAAUGUCUCUCUAGACUGGGAGACUAAGCCUGAGAUUCAGGGUGCUUCAGAAGAAGAAAAAACAGAAGGAACGUUGAGGGAAAAGCUUGAAAGAAAAAGUCCUCUGUGUCCUACGUUUGAAGUUCAUGCACUGGAGAGGAGGUUGGAAACAGAGAAGGAAAGCCUUGCAGUGGAGAUCUACAAGAAAUCUGUCUCCCAGGAGGAGAGCUUGCAGCAAGGGUCAGCCCCUCCCAAGAAAAUUCUCACUAAAGAGAGAGACCAAGAAUGCAGUGACUGUGGGAAGACCUUUUUUGAUCACUCAUCCCUUAUCCGCCAUCAGAGGACUCACACUGGAGAGAAGCCCUAUGACUGUCACGAGUGCGGGAAAGCCUUCAGUCACAGGAGCAGUCUCAGUAGACAUCUGAUGUCUCACACUGGGGAGAGCCCCUACGAAUGCAACGCAUGUGGGAAAGCCUUUUUCGACCGUUCGUCCCUAACUGUACAUCAGCGAAUUCAUACCGGAGAAAAGCCCUUUAAAUGCAAUGAGUGUGGAAAAGCCUUCUUUGACCGUUCGUCCCUUACUCGACACCAGAGAAUUCAUACUGGAGAAAGUCCUUAUGAGUGUAAUCAAUGUGGGAAAGCCUUUAGCCAGAAAAGUAUUCUUACUCGACAUCAGCUAAUCCAUACUGGCAGGAAGCCUUAUGAAUGUAAUGAGUGUGGGAAAGCCUUCUAUGGGGUCUCAUCACUGAAUAGACAUCAAAAGGCUCACGCUGGAGAGCCUCGCUAUCAAUGCAAUGAGUGUGGGAAAGCUUUCUUUGACCGCUCGUCCCUUACACAGCAUCAGAAGAUUCACACUGGAGACAAGCCAUAUGAAUGCAGUGAAUGUGGGAAAGCCUUUAGCCAGAGAUGCCGGCUCACACGACAUCAGAGAGUCCAUACAGGAGAGAAACCCUUUGAAUGCAGCGUGUGUGGAAAAGUUUUCAGUUCCAAGUCGUCAGUUAUUCAACAUCAACGGCGUUACGCCAAACAGGGUAUAGACUGAGUCGGGUGAAAGCUUUAGUCAAGGAACCUCCAUAAAAACUCAAGAUAGGUCUUCCCCAUCUUAAACAAAACCAUCAUUUGAUCAUUCUGCCUAUUCUGGCUGCUAUUUCUUUCCUGCCUCUGCUACCACAGUGUUUGAAUAAACACUCUCUACUUACUAUGUUAUAGAACUGAUGUGGGAUGCUGGCAAUUAGGAUGCAACUCUAAAGAGUCAACGUUUUGCAGAAGUUCAUCAGAAAAUAGGAUAAAUGUCAGGAGGCGAUCCUCAGGCACACCUCUUGUCUGAGGUCCAUGUAUCACUGCACUUUAAAUAACCAGAGGCUACAACAGGAGGGGAAAGGCAAAAUUAGAGCAGUAAUGUUGUUUCCAGAACAGCUUGUAGGUCUCUUAAUACUACCACUACCACUAGUAGCUAGCACUUAUUGAGGCUUAUUAUGGGGUAAGCACUCAACUGAGAGUUUUGCAAAGAGUAGGUUAUUUGGUCCUCUCACCAACACUAUGAAGUAAGUACUGUUACUAUCCUCACUUUACAGAUGUGCAAACUGAAGUUUAGAGGGGUUACAUAAUUUGCCAAAGCUGGCACAGCUAGUAAAAGGUGAAGCCAAGUCUUGAAUACAGGUCUGCUUUCAAAGUCUCUUCUCUUUACCAUUAUGCUAUAAGGUUUGUUUUAUAAUUUAUGUAGAUGUAUUAUCUCCUCAACUAGAUUGUAAGCACUUGGAGGCGUGACUUUUAUGUCUUUGUAUCUCACACAGUGCCUUGCAAAUAAUAGGUGCUCAAUAAAUACUUAUCUGAAUUAAUGACUUUUCUACUU